UCACUCGGCUACCCUCGAUCCAGGAAGCUAAUCGACCGCAACAUCAUCACGCACUCAAAAAUGGCGCAAGGCAAGUUGAAAAAGAAGUCGGCUGGCCCGAAAAAGGCGAAGAAGAAUGCGGGCGCGCGUUCUUCGCUCAAAGGAGUCUCCAAAGCUCGGUCCGUCCCCAAGAAAGCGAAGGCAGUUACCGCCAAACAACAGGUGAAAGUGGCUCUGGAGAAGAACAUCCGGAAGAACAUCGAGACUGAGCUCCGGGCACGGGCGACCGACGAGGGCAAGCCAAUGGCGACCUCGGCGGGCACGAGCAGCGGCGCCGCCGCCAAGAAGCGCGGCAAGAAGGGCGCAAAGUCCAAAAAGUGAAUGGCUUCGCCACUUGCGGGGCACAGCCCUCGUCUGUUUCUUUCCCCAUCUCGGCAUUGCACCUUCUUCGUUGUAACUCUGAUCGCACUCGCAGUACUCAUCGAGUCUGCCACCAGCCCUUUACUUCUUAACGAAACUCAGUUGGCAAAAUAAGAAAUACAUAUGCCACCGAGAAAGUCAGUCACAUUGCAUUAUACCAUCGAACGAAUCACCGGGCUCAAAGUGCCCACAUGAAACUUGUACCUGGCGAAAUAAAUUGAGCACUUGCUGUUUA